AUGGCUCUGGCCACCCACUCCGGAUUGGGAAUGACAAACGGGAUACCUGGGAAUGAAUCCGAUGCCGACGCAAACCUUAGCGCCAACGAGGAGAAGGCCGCCCUCGACCAACGUAUAGAUUUUCUUCUGACGCAAUGGGAGAGCUGCCUUCAAGAGCUGCAGCGCCUUCAGCAAGAAGCCGAUGCGGCCAGCCGGCCGGUGCGGGGGCUCAACGCGCUGCUCAAGGUGCAACAUCGCACGCUAGACAAGGCCGCCCAGAAACACCGUUUGUCCUCGACCUCGUCAUCGGCCCCGGCCAUCUCGCCAGCCCAGUACUUUGGCAUCAAGAGCUGCUGCUGGGACGACCGAUGGGCGGUCGUCAAGAAAUGCCGUGGCUUGGUGGCUAUCAACAAGGACUUUCCCCGAAGCCCGCGAUUACCUGUGGCUGCGGAUGCUGGGUGGUUGGCAUACAAAGACCAGCCGUUUCAGGAGCGGCCGGUUGCUGUUGAUGCGGUGGUGGAUAGCGGUGCUACGUGGAUCAAGUUCAUUGCUAUCUCACCUAAGACGCUGGAGUACCAGGUCGUGGCGGAAGGGUGGGCGAGUGAGUCGGAAGAUGAGGAUGAUGCGGGAGUGGUGAAGGAUGAACCUGAGAAGGAAGAAGGUGUCGGGCACACCGAGUUUGCAGAUACCGUGAAGAAGCUCGUUGGGGCUGCUCGGUGGAAUCACUGCCACCAUUUGCGUCUCAUUUUGCCAGGUCUCGAGGAAGGCAAAUCGGAGCUGGUGGACAAGGUGAUCCACUACAUCCGGCACAAGAUCGGGGGCAACGAUGUCUCUGUCAACGUGAGCUGUGCCAACAGCGCAUUUCUCACCGAGCCACCACCGCCCCUCAAAGAUGCCAUCGCAGCACUCAUCCACGACCGAGACCCGCUCGUCGCCGACGACUGUGGACGGUUGACAGACACCGUCAACCUUGACCCGAGCGCACUCGUGGCCCUCGUCACGGACCUGCACCAUGGCCCGGUGCCCCAACAGCCGGAAUGCCAGCAGCGCAUCAUCACGCGGUCCAUUCUCGACCACGAGACGGACAACAACGAGCUCGUCGCCCGGCAAGACAUCUUAUCCGCCGUGCUGUACCCGGCUCUGCGCGGCCGCAAGCUGGUUUGCACUCGCGCCGCGGCGGCCUACUUCCGCCGGCUUAUCGACGCCAUCUCAACACACUCCGAAGAAGCGCGUGCAGCUUUUAUCCUGCCUCCAUCUCCCACCCAAGACGAGAGUCCACUAUCCCCCUCAACCCUCCGCCAAAACCUCGAAUCCUGGUCCACACUCCCAGUACCCCCCGACCUCCACCUCCCCGUAACCAUCGUCCCAGACAUUGACCUCGCAUCCAUCCAACCGCUCAUCACCUCCCACGCCCUCCCACCCAUGGCCCUAACCGUCGCCCGCGACCUCUCCCCGCUCAACCGCUCCGUCUACUGCCACGGUUGGGCCAACCGCAUCACCACCGUCACGGGCCACCGCGGUAUCGAUCGGCAAGUACGUCUGGCACUCGCACGGCACUGGACACGUGAUGGGAGCGGGGGCAAUAGUGACGGUGGACGUGAUGGGAUCCCGCCGGACGUGUGGCAUCGACAUUUGGGGGGGUAUUUGAUCCAUCGGGACAAGCCGAAGGAUUGGCGGGCGAUGGUGCCGAGUGAAGGCCAGGGCGAGGGUAACGUUAUCGAUGAAGCGGACGUGGAAGUACCGCCCGAGUUGGUGCGUUGGACGUAUCCGUGGACGACGUGGGGACGGGGGAUUAGUACGUAUGGUCUGCCGGAUACGAAGACGUGGGAAGGGGUUGGGCAUGAAGAAAAGACGGCGUAUGGGAGGAGAAUGGAGAGGAGGCAUGCCAGGGAUGCGAUGGAGCAGGAUGAAAGGGAACAGGAACUGGAGCAGUCAUGA